AUGCACCCGACAGGGUCAGCGGACAGCAGCUUCUCACGCUGUGCUGUGCAGACCCUCUCCCGGAGCCACUGCCGCAACAUCAAACAGAAGAUCUCCCAGUGGGAGGGGAGGGCACGAGGGUGCUCUGGCAAGCAGAAACAGCAGCUGAAGGACUUUGGAGUAAAGUAUGAUCCCAGCUGCGACGCUCUACCCAAAGUAAAGCCAGAACAUACAGAGAAGGGCAGAAAGACUGGGUCCGAAGAUCCGAAGAGCCUGGGUUUGGACUUCAGGGAAGACACACGGAGCUGCUUGCAGACUGAUGACUGUGGUGACCUCAAGCCCUGUGCAUGCAGCCUAGCUUCCCCAGCCAAGGAGAAAGGAGAGUGGCAAGCAGGCUUCCUGGACCCAGGGGUGACUCUGCCCCCAGGGAACUUCUAUACCUCACAAGCUCUGUGGAGGAGAGUAGAUCCCCUUCUGCCUGGCAAAGCCCCACCAGCUCCCUUGGACCUUCAGAGGAAGCAAGGGAGCUGUGGCUCCACAGAAAGAGAACUUAAAGGAGUGGACUCUCUCUGCAGGGCAGAGAGGAGCUUGAAAAACAUUUACUCUGAGGCUGAGGGGCAAGAGGAGGAGCCAGCUGCUGUCCCACCACCCAAGCCCCGUAGGACUUUCCGCUAUCUCGCAGAAAAGGAUGCUAGUAGCUGUAGUGAUGCCAGAGCUACCAGGGAAGCUCCCCUGCAAAAGCAGCACGGAGGAGACCUGGUGUCAUCCUCCAGCAAUCCUGAGAAGAGAAAAGCCAGCGGGAGGAUCAGAGAGAGAACCCAGAGGAAAUCUUUUGAGUUUGAGGACAUCCAGGGCUUCCGCAACCGGAUGGCAACCACCAACUCCCACAGACUUCGAGAAAGGACGAAUGGCACUACAGGAUCCAGGCUCGUCUACGCACAGUCAGAAGACAACAUCUACGAGGACAUUAUCUGUCCUGCAAAAGAGAACCCCUAUGAAGAUAUUGGAGCACUGCCCUUACCCCUGUGGAAGGUCCCAUCUGUCUGGAAGCUACCACCCCCCCGGAGCACCAGUAGGGCUCCCAAGCCUCCCCCAAAACCUCCCUUUCUCAGUCGCAAGACUCUUGAGCUAAAGCCCUCCCAGGCAAGUUUCCAAGGGAAAAUGGUGAAGGACACAACCCUGCCUGUCACACUGACUGAGUGGAAGCUGUUCCGAGCAGUAGAGGCUGCUAGCAGGAGAAAGAACUUGCCCUGGCUGGUACUAAAAAUACAGGAGAUCUUUGAUUCUAAGCGUGGAAAGAAGAGGGUGAAGUUGCUCAGUCCUGUUGGGAGAGAAGCACCUCCAAUGAAAGGUGAAACCAGUGGGAAUGAAAGCGAUACAGAAAAUCAGCCAAAAAGUCGACACAGGUGCCUGCUGCAGGUGCAGUCAGCCUCCAAGAGGAACCCACACUACCAGACUCUGGAGAGGGAUUUGAUAGAGCUUCAGGAGCAGCGGCUAUUUGAGCUGUUUGUGGUGGUGUCGCUGCACAAGAAGGCAUCUGAGAUGACAUACACACCACAGAUCAUACAGCAGUUUCCCAGCAAGCCUGAACAUCCCUUCAGACAGUCAAAGGAUACUGAAGAGAGGCUAAAGAUCAUUCCCAAAUUCUGCUUUCCAGAUCCCAAAGACUGGUUUCCUACAUCAGACCUUAAAAGUGAAACAUUUUCUUUUGUGUUGACGGGUGAGGAUGGCGGACGCUGGUUUGGGUACUGCAAGAAGCUCCUGCCAGAAGGGAAAGGGAAGCGCCUUCCUGAGGUAUACUGCAUCGUUAGCCGCCUGGGCUGCUUCAACCUCUUCUCCAAGAUUUUGGAUGAAGUGGAGAAGAGGCGAGAGAUGUCCCCAGCCCUAGUACACCCAUUUAUGCGCAGUGUGAUGGAGGCGCCUUUCCCUGCUCCUGGACGCACGAUUACCGUGAGGAGUUUCCUGCCGGGAGCAGGAAAUGAGGUGAUGGAGCUCUGCCGUCCAUUGGAUUCUCGACUCGAACACGUUGACUUCGAAUGCCUGUUGAAGUGUCUAAGUGUCUCUCACAUGAUUCAGGUCUUUGCCUCUCUCCUGCUGGAAAGGAGGGUGAUCUUUGUUGCUGACAACUUAAGCACUCUGUCUAAAUGUGGUCAUGCUGCAGUUGCGACGCUUUAUCCCUUCACUUGGCAACACACCUACAUACCGGUCCUACCAACUUCUAUGAUUGAUAUUGUGUGCUCUCCGACCCCAUUCUUAAUUGGCAUUCUCUCCUGCUCGUUACCACAGCUCCAGGACCUGCCCAUAGAAGAGGUUCUGAUUGUUGAUCUUUGUGCUGACAAGUUCUUGCAAGAGGUGUCAGAUGAAGAUGAGAUCCUGCCUCAUAAACUCCAGGCUGCACUUGUACAAAUCUUGGAAGAACGAAGUGAAAUCUUGUCACACGAGCAGAGUGACGCACAAGACAUGCCUCUUAACUCCCUGGUCUCAGAAGCUUUCGUGCAGUUCUUUGUGGAGGUCGUUGGACACUACUCCCUGCACAUGAGUGUCACAGAAAAGGGGGAGCGGGUGUUUCAGCGGGAACUGUUCCGUAAAUCUCAUGUGUCACGCAAUGUGCGUCAUUUCUUGCACUUCUUCAUGGAAACACAGAUGUUUGCAGGGUUCAUACAGGAUCGAGAGCUAAGUAAGAACGUGGUCAAAGGCCUUUUUGAGGUCCGUGCCUUGGAGUAUUUGGAGAGUAUUCCAGAGACGGAACCAACUGGAAUGAACAAAAUCCUUCGUAGUCUUGGAAAUAAAAUGAAGUUUCUUCAGAAGAAAUGA